GCCACCGACCGCAGAAGCCGAAGCGGGAGAAAGUUUGGAUCCCGUCCGAAGGAAGCGCAGGAGGAGGAGACAAGAGCAGCAAGACGAUGAAGAAGAAGAAGAAGGCGAAGAAGAGCGUGGAGACGUACAAGAUCUACAUCUUCAAGGUCCUGAAGCAGGUCCACCCGGACAUCGGCGUCUCGAGCAAGGCCAUGGGCAUCAUGAACUCCUUCAUCAACGACAUCUUCGAGAAGCUGGCCCACGAGGCCUCCAGGCUGGCCCGCUACAACAAGAAGCCCACCAUCACCUCGAGGGAGAUCCAGACCAGCGUGAGGCUCGUGCUGCCCGGGGAGCUAGCCAAGCACGCCGUCUCCGAGGGGACCAAGGCCGUCACCAAGUUCACCAGUUCUUGAUUUGUGAUUUAGGUUUUUAAGGUGUAUUUUUCGAUUUAGAAAAAAACAAUUUCAGCGAUUGUUUUAUCUAUUUGUGAUCCAUAUUUGUUUUUUAAAUUAUCAAUUAAAACUCUACGAACUUCAGGUUC